ACCAGCAUCUCUGUGCUGUACAGGAGUUGAUGCUUCAAUUAAAAAAAAUAUAUCUAAAUCAUGCUGCUUUUUCUCACAACCUUGGCAUCCGUUUGGCUUCUGACAGUGCCUUCCUUGCUAUCCCCAGAACAGAUGCCAACUUCAGGUUAUUAUAAUUGCGAAGAUUUUAACAGCACAUGCAAUGGGGAAUCCAGUUGAAACAUACCAAUCUCCUUCUGGAUUGCAGACAGAGAACAUGCUUUUUCCUCAUUUGAAGUUAAAUGACAGGUUAACAAAUGCUGGAGUUUGACAACAAAGUAACUGAAAUGCACAGAUAAACUACAGCAUGCAAGAAAUUUCCAUCUCCCACAAAUGGAUUUUUGUAUUGUCGAGCUGAUUACUGCAUUAUUCGUUGCAAAGAUGGUUUUCCAGUUUGACAGUGAACCGGCAAAUGGCUAUUUGUGCCAUCCAACGGGAGUGUGGACUGCAGUGCCUCCAGAAGAAAGUGUUCCUUGGCCUAACUGCACAUUGAAAGAUAAUCAGAAAAAGUCUCCUGAGCUCAUGUAGCUAAAGUCUACACAGCUCAUGUAGAGGGACGUGGAGCUACAGCUAUGAAAAUUAAACGGCCAAAGAAAUCAAAACAACCAGAUACGAUUCCUCCAACCAUAACAAAUUGCCCAUGGGACAUUACCAUAACCACCGAGACUGAUCCAGUACAGGUCAGCUGGGAACAACCUGAAAUUAGCGACAACAGUGGGGUGUUUACCUCAGUAGCUUCAAUAUCCAGUGGCUCCUGUUUCCGGUAUGGAACUCAUCAAGUGCAAUACACCGCCCAUGAUGAAGCAGGAAAUGAAGCCUCCUGCCAGUUUAAAGUUACCAUCCAAAAGCCAGAUCUUUCGUGCACUGCCCAACCUCCCACUGAUGGGUCUUUGGCUUGUGGAAUGUUAUCUUAUCCUGGCAGUGGAAUGAACAAAUGGCAGUUUUGUGUACCAUUCUGCAUGAAGAGCACUGGUUUCCAUCGGAGAGCAUGGUCAGUGUUUUUCUGCCAGCCUUCUCAGUCUGGGACAAGUUGGUUUCAUUUGGAUGAAGCCUGGCAAAUGACAAAGGCUCACAUGCCAGAGACUUGCACAGUCAGGCGUCGAACAGGGUCCAGAAAAGGAGAUUCACUACAGUACUAUGAGGGUGACUGCAAUGAACAGGCCGUGAAAAAACACAUCCUAGCAACUGUGGAACACAUUGUAGCCAAAGAUCCCUCUGUUGUUUCUCAAUGCACCAGGCACCCAAACACCUGUGGCAAUUUCAGAAUUUCAGAUCUUUCUGUUCACUGUGGGUCUGGAAACAACCAAAGAGAUACUGAACCACCUGUAGUGAUCUCCUGUCCUCAGAACAUUGAGAUAGAAACCAAAAAAGGAAACCCCUACUGGAAUGACUUGCCUGAAUUGUCUUGGAAGGAGCCUGUGUUUGAAGACAACUCCAGGGGUCCACUGACAAUCACAAAAGGAGGGUCCAAUGUUAAUAACGGAGACAAACUGGCAUAUGGCCAAUAUUCAGUGGAAUAUAUAGCAACAGAUCUUUCAGGAAACCAAGCCAAAUGUUCCUUUGAGAUCUCCGUGAAAUCAAUUGCAUGCACAAUGGAAUUGCCGGAGCAUGGAGCUAUAGUCUGUGGCUAUCCUUCGGUGGACGGCAUGGACCUCAUGACCAUUGACUGUAUUGUACUGUGUCAAAGCAAAGUUUAGCAGGGAUCCAUAUCCAAUAUAUGCAUGCUCAGAGGAGGGACUUUGGUGGACCUUCACAAGCACAUUCACGCCUAUUGGCCCAAAUUUGCCAAGUUUAAACCAUAAGUGCCAAGAACCAGAUAUCCAUAAAAAGCCAAAAGUUGUUGAUCCGAAUUUUUACUUUGAUGGUGACUGCCAUGACAGAGCAGUGCAAGACAUGCUGAUAGGACACUUGGAAUAUUUUCAGAGGAAAACUUCAGCAUAUCAGUACUGUGAAUUAAACAGAGAGUUCUGCAGAAAGUGGAAUGGUUACCGCAAUGUAACGGUGUUCUGUGGAAGCACGUGAGAUGGAAUGACUGUAUUGUUUGUUAUGGGUUUUUUUUUAGAAUGUAUUUGCAUGCGUGUGUGAGAACUACAUAUUAUCCAAGUAUUCAGACUGUUCCUUGAAAGCAGUUUGUGCUGUACCCUUAUUUCCUCUUAUAAAAUAA